CACGUCCGGGUCAGUCCUCGGGAGCACAGGUCUUUGAGUGAAUGUGAGCAAGUGUCUGAUUCUGGCAAUCCGCUUUCAGGGAUUCGAACGGUGGAAGACAGUUGACCGUUGUAGCGCUCUCCAACUGUAGCUGCGUUGUGGACUUCUGCUUGCCAAAGUAAAGAGCAAAUUUUGCUUGACAACCACCCCCAAACUAACAACAAUCAACCAUGGCUGUUGACUCGAAGAACUUGCAGGCGCUCAAGGACAUUGCCAACCGCCUGCGCGUGUACAGCAUUGAAGCUACAAGCGCCGCAAACUCCGGUCAUCCAACGUCAUGUAUGUCCGCAGCGGAGAUCAUCUCUGUGCUCUUCCAUAAGGAGAUGCGUUACGAUGUCUCAAAGCCAAGGGACCCCAACAAUGACCGCUUCAUCCUGUCCAAGGGUCAUGCUGCUCCAGUGCUGUACGCCGCAUGGCACAUUGCUGGGCACAAGGACGUCACACACGAGGAGCUGCUCAAGCUGCGACAGUACGGUGCUAUGCUGGAGGGUCACCCAACGCCGAAACUCGACUUUGUGGACGUGGCCACCGGUUCUCUUGGCCAGGGUCUGAGCGUUGCUGCCGGCAUGGCUUAUACCGGCAAGUACUUUGACAAAGCCGACUACCGUACAUACUGCAUGCUCGGUGAUGGUGAGUCUGCCGAAGGCAGCAACUGGGAGGCAUUCUCCUUUGCUGGCACGUACAAACUGGACAACUUGGUUGCCAUUCUGGACAUUAACCGCCUUGGCCAGAGUGACCCGACUGCUCUUCAACACUCCGUUGAUGUGUACUUGGCACGUGUCAAUGCUUUCGGAUGGCAUGGAAUUGUCGUGGACGGCCAUGACGUUACUGCCCUCAUCGCUGCAUUUGAGGAGGCCAAGGCCACGAAGGACAAGCCAACGUGCCUGGUAUGCAAGACCUACAAGGGCUACGCAUGGGACAAUGCUGCCGAGGGUAUCAACGACCUGAUGGGAUGGCAUGGAAAGCCUCUCGGCGACCGUGCAGCCGACGUUCUGGCCAAGAUCAAGGCGCAAACCAACAUGUCCGCAUUCAUCCCGCCGCCAAAUCCUAACGUUACCCUGACCGAGCCGGGUACCGAGUUCAUCGGCCUGUCGGCGCCACCGUCGUACAAACCUGAUGAGAAGGUUGCCACUAGGAAAGCAUACGGCACAGCCCUGAAGAAGUUGGGAGAGUCGAGCACGCGUAUUGUUGGAAUGGACGGCGACACCAAGAACUCUACCUUCGCCAUCACCUUCCAGGCGGCGUUCCCGGACCGUUUCAUCGAGUGUUUCAUUGCUGAGCAGAACCUGGUGGGAGUGGGCAUUGGGUGCGGGUGCCGCAAGCGCACCAUCCCGUUCAUCAGCACCUUUUCGGCUUUCUUCACACGCGCAUUCGAUCAGAUCCGCAUGGGCGCCAUCUCCCAGGCCAACAUCAAGUGCGUAGGAUCUCACGCCGGCAUCUCCAUUGGUGAGGAUGGUCCGUCUCAGAUGGCUCUAGAGGAUCUGGCCAUGUUCCGUACCAUUCCUACUGGCACCGUCUUCUACCCGUCCGACCCCGUGUCCAUGGAGCGGGCCGUGGAGCUGGCCGCCAACACCGAGGGCAUUGUCUUCAUCCGCAGCAGCCGCCCUACAUCUGUCUGUGUCUAUCCCAUGGACGAGAAGUUUGAAGUUGGAAAGUCCAAGGUGUUGCGGCAGAGUGCAGAUGAUAAGGUGACUGUUGUCGGUGCUGGUGUGACUCUUCACGAAGCGCUGCAAGCCUACGAGACACUGAAGAAGGACGGCAUCAACAUCCGUGUCAUUGACAUCUUCUGCUUGAAGCCUGCCGACAGUGACUUGUUGAAGGCUAGUGCUGCUGCCACCGGUGGAAAGGUUGUCACAGUGGAGGACCACUACCCAGAAGGCGGUAUUGGCGGUGCAGUUGCCGAAGCUCUGAGCGAGGUGUCCGGCGUCACAGUGAAGCGCCUUGCCGUCAACGGCAUGCCUUCAAGCGGUCCUGGCGCUAAGCUACUUGAGGUGCACGGCAUCUCUGCCAGUCAUAUUGUCGCAGCUUGCAAGCAGCUGGCCUAAGUCGCGCACAAACCAACAAUCCCGUUGCUCGCCGAUGUCGGUGUAACGUUUCGGCAAUGUUAGCCGCACCACCAUCGCCAUUGUCCUUCAAUCCCGCAAUGUCAUCACCACCGUUGCUGUCGUACUUCAUCAAUCAAUGUGUAUUCCAUGAAAAAUAACUAGUUUGUUUGUCCUAGACACUCUGCCAGUGAGUUGGUAGUGUUUGAAUUCACCAGUUGGAUUGGCUAGAAUGCUUCAUUUCUUGCUUUGAAUCUCUCUCCUAAAGCUUUCUUUGCUUGCACUUCAUAGUUUGGAUUUCUCCAUAAGUAACCCAAUAGGGGCAUCCAUUACUCUCCCUCUUCAGGGUUCUAACUUCUUCCGUUCACAGCAAGUAUUAAAAUGAACAUUCCGUCAUAAAUAGUUA